CGCAGUAAAACGGACAUUGAACACUUCCGGUUUGUGCGAAUUGUAGUUUAUAAUUUAAUGGUUCAAAUUGCAGUCUGACCUUUGUGCUCAGUUCAAAAAGGACUCUACCACCAGCACGGGGCGCGUUAGUGGGAUGAAAGCAGCGGCUAAACUCAUGAAGGUGUUCAUAACCAGACGAAUCCCACAAGAGGGGAUGAAAAUCCUGGCAGCAGCAGAAGGAUGUGAAGUGUCUCAGUGGGACUCAGAUGAACCAGUACCGCGAUCAGAGCUCCUCAAAGGAGUUCAAGGAGCUCACGGUCUUCUGUGUUUGCUGUCAGACAAGAUCGACCAGGAGGUUUUGGAUGCUGCAGGGCCAAACUUGAAAGUAAUCAGCACCAUGUCUGUGGGAUUUGACCACUUGGUCCUUAGUGAGAUCAAAAAACGAGGCAUACGUGUCGGAUACACUCCGGAUGUCCUGACGGACGCCACUGCUGAGCUGACCGUUGCUCUGCUGUUGGCCACAUCUCGCAGAUUACCGGAAGGUGUGGAAGAGGUUAAAAGUGGUGGCUGGAGCUCAUGGAAGCCUCUCUGGUUGUGCGGUUAUGGUCUGUCUGGCAGCACAGUGGGGAUCAUUGGACUCGGACGCAUUGGAAUGGCCAUAGCUCAAAGGCUUCUGCCCUUUGGGGUGAAGAGGCUGCUGUACUCUGGGAGAACAGCCAAAAGCUACGCUGCAGAGGUGAAUGGAGAGUUUGUUCCACUGGACACACUUACAUCUGAAAGUGACUUUAUAGUUGUUUCCUGCUCGCUUACACCAGAAACCCAGGGCCUGUGUGACAAGGCCUUCUUUAGCAAGAUGAAAAAAAACGCAAUCUUCAUCAACUCCAGCAGGGGAGCUGUAGUAAACCAGGAGGAUCUGUACGACGCUUUGAGCAGCGGUCAGAUUGCCGCAGCUGGACUGGACGUAACAACACCCGAGCCUCUUCCAACAAACCACCCACUUCUAACAUUAAAAAACUGUGUGGUUUUACCACACAUAGGAAGUGCCACCUACUCCACCAGAGGCGUCAUGUCAGCGUUGGCGGCUCAAAACCUGUUGGGAGGUUUGCAGGGGUCAGACAUGCCCAGUGAACUGACCCUAUAGAAUAAAAACAAUGAAGCCAUAGUGCCAAAUGUCCCCUGCAGAGCAGUUUGAAUAUGGAAGUACGACAAUAUUAGUGCUGCAGAUGUUCUUUUAUGUGUGUUAGAUUAAAUGUUUUGUGCAACAAUUCACUUAGGAAUGAGUUCAACUUGAGCAAAACACGAUUUUAUUUAGUUAUUUCAUGUUUUUGAAAUUGGUUCAGAUAAAGAAGAGUAGCUAACCAGUACUUUAGCAAGAAAUAAUGUUUUUUUUUAAUUUCUUAAAUGUUAACAGAUUUCCUCUAAACCAGAUUAAUAUCAAACCAGAUGAAGUGAUUAUUCUCUUUUCUACUGUUUGGCUCAUUGCUACCAUUUUUAUCAUUACUGUACUUCAAAGUAACAUUACUCAAGUGAAAACUAGAAAAAAAAGUAAUAAAAUAAAAUGAUUAAAAAAUA